GUUAGCCAUAUUCAGGGGUAUUUCGCAAUAUUCACAUGGGCCAAAAACUCAAGGUUCAACCCCAGCAGGUCAUUAGUUGGGUUGAAGUUGUUCAGGAGGCAAGAGUUGGUUUCAGCUCAAGGAGAAACUGAACAUCACAGAAAAUGGGAGAUCUAGGAUUCCUUUCAAAGCUGCUGGAACAAGUCAAUUUCCACUCCACAGUCGUCGGGAAAGUAUGGAUGACCGUUCUCUUUUUGUUCCGGAUCAUGGUUCUAGGAGCCGCGGCAGAGAGUGUGUGGUCGGAUGAACACUCUAACAUGGUGUGCAACACGAACCAACCUGGUUGCGAGAACGUGUGCUAUGACUGGCAGUUCCCCAUUUCCCACAUCCGUUUCUGGGUGCUGCAGAUCCUCUUUGUGUCCACCCCAACCCUGAUGUACCUCGGCCACGCCAUGCACAUCAUCUCCAAGGAGAACAAGCUGAGGGACCGGAUCCAGAGGCAUGAGGAGAACGUGAAGGCGCCCAAGUACACAAACGACAAAGGGAAAGUGAGUAUCAGGGGACAGCUGCUGGGCAGCUACCUCACGCAGCUCUUUUUCAAGAUCCUCCUGGAGAUCGGCUUCAUCGUGGGCCAGUACUACCUCUACGGCUUCAUCAUGGUGCCCAUGUUCUCCUGCUCCAGGGAUCCCUGCCCAUUCACGGUGGCCUGCUACAUGUCCCGGCCAACUGAGAAGACCAUCUUCAUCAUCUUCAUGCUGGCUGUGGCCGGCUUGUCCCUGCUGCUCAACGUGGUGGAGCUCUUCUACCUGCUCUGCUCCAAGUGUGCCCGUGGCCGCCGUAACCAACGCCUCCGCAACACCACCCCCCCACCCAGCUGGAGCCCUCAUGCGGAUGUGGACACCGUGGCACAGAACAACAUUAACACGCACUUUACUGACGGCCAGAGCCUGGGAGGGAGCCUGGAUGGGGCCAGGGAGGAGAAGAGGCUGAUGGAGCGUCACUGAAGUUUAUGUGAAUGUGUGUAUAUGUGUUAUGUACAUAUGAGUUAUUCAACACAAGAUGUCUUGAAGUUUUUAUCUAUUCUUGUUUGAGAAGAGACUUUAUUUUUAUCUUAGUCCCUAUGAUAUCACUGAGAUGUAAGACGAUUGUUGGUAUUAGUGUUAAUAAAACCUUGUAUUUUUGAUUAUGUGCUGCCUGUUGUAAAUCAGUUUUAAGUUAUUAAACAUGUCAUGUGUAAGUAACAUUUUUGCACAGUAUUUGUAUUUACCUCACAAGACAUGUCUGGAACAUAAAAUUUAGAUCUGUAUCAAUUUGGAACUAUCAUGCUAGUUGUUGUUACGAUGUAGAACUUGUAUAAACAUUCAAAACUAAACCUUAUGGUGAACUGUGUAAGUUUGAAAGUAUAAUGUGGAUCUUUGAUACUGUUUUCAAUAAAUAAAACAUCCAAUAUGA